UCAUCCUCCAAAAAAAACUUCCAAUUUUCUAGAUCUUCGAUUUUUUCUUGUUGUUUCACUUUGAUUCCUCAUUAUGACCGUCGAUAUUAUGCGUUUACCCAAGAUGGAAGAUCAAACGGCUAUACAAGAAGCUGCAUCGCAAGGCUUAAAAAGCAUGGAACACCUGAUCCGUGUCCUCUCUAACCGUCCUGAAGACCAUAACGUUGACUGCUCCGAGAUCACAGAUUUCACCGUCGGCAAAUUCAAAAAAGUCAUCUCUCUUCUUAACCGAACCGGUCAUGCCCGGUUUAGACGCGGACCGGUUCAUUCCCCUCCUUCAUCUUCUUCCUCCUCCGCCGCAACCGCUCCUCCUCCUCCUACACUCGUUUCUCAGCCGCAGCCUCCUUCUCAGAUCUCUUCUCCGUCGCUUACUCCGGCGAGCUUCGUUCAGUCACAUCAACAGAGCGUGACGCUGGAUUUCACAAGACCAAGCGUGUUUGGCGCCAAAACCAAGAGCUCGGAGAUUGUGGAGUUCGCUAAGGAGAGUUUUAGCGUAUCUUCAAACUCUUCCUUCAUGUCUUCGGCGAUCACCGGCGACGGAAGCGUCUCCAAAGGAUCUUCGAUUUUCCUCGCUCCGGCUCCGGCGGCGCCUGUUGCUUCCUCCGCGAAACCACCGCUUGCUGCUCUUCCUUACAGGAAAAGAUGCUUCGAGCAUGGCCACUCCGAGGACUUUUCCGGCAAGAUCUCUGGCUCCGGCAACGGAAAAUGCCAUUGCAAGAAAAGCAGGAAAAAUCGGAUGAAGAGAACCGUGAGAGUACCGGCGAUAAGUGCAAAGAUCGCCGAUAUUCCACCGGACGAGUUUUCAUGGAGAAAGUAUGGACAAAAACCGAUCAAGGGCUCACCACACCCACGGGGUUAUUACAAGUGUAGUACGUUUAGAGGGUGUCCAGCGAGGAAACACGUGGAGCGAGCGAUGGAUGAUCCAACGAUGCUGAUUGUGACUUACGAAGGGGAGCACCGUCACCACCAGUCCGCGAUGCAGGAGAACAUAUCUCCCAGUUUGGUGUUUGGCUCGGCUUGAAUGGUUGAGAGGAUGUUGAAAUUAAUUAGUUUGGUAGACUUUUGUAAUAUUUUGAGAAAUAGAGGGGGUGAUUUUUGUAUUUUUUUUCCUUUUUCUAAACUUUAGUUUUAGUUUUUUUAGUCCUUUGAAUGGAUUUUAAUCUUACUACCAAAGAAGCGGUUGACAACAAAAAAAGUAUCUUACAACAAAAAUGUGUAGGCAAAUGUAUUUUUCAUUUUUGAUUUAGUGAUAUUGGUAGUAAUUACCACCAUUGCUCUGUCUGAACUCUGAACUAUUAUGAUUUGUGAUGGUCAAUUUAGUGGAGGUUAGACA